AUGGCCUCCAAAUACGCCCUGCUUGAACUAGCAGAACCAGACUUCAGGAUGGUGCUGGUUGGGAAAACUGGAGCUGGGAAGAGUGCAGCAGGAAACACCAUCUUAGGCAGAAGAGCCUUUACAUCUACAUUAUCUGCCUCCACAGUCACAUCAGAGUGUCAGAAGGAGGAAGCAGAGUUUGAUGAUAAACUUCUGGCUGUGGUUGAUACUCCAGGUCUGUUUGACACCAACAAUCCUCCACAGGAGAUCAACAAAGAGAUCGUUCAGUGCAUCUCCUUGUCUGCUCCUGGUCCUCAUGUGUUCCUGGUGGUGAUCCAAUCCGGCAGAUUCACCAAAGAAGAACAAGACACCAUCAAAAUCAUCCAGACCAUUUUUGGAGAACAGGCAGAACGUUACACGAUGGUUCUGUUCACCCGUGGUGAUGAUCUGGAGGCUGAAGGAGUCACCAUGGAAGAAUUCAUCAAAAAAAAUGAUGAUCUCUGUGACUUUAUCCGUCAGUGUCGUGGAAGAUAUCACGUCUUCAACAACAGAAACCAGGAUCCCUCUCAGGUCAGAGAGCUGCUGGAGAAGAUCAACACCAUGGUUCAGAGAAAUGGAGGAAGGUUCUACACCAGCGAGAUGUUCGAGGAGGUUGAGAUUGCGAUUAAAGAAGAGAUGAUGCGACUCCUGAGAGAAGAUCCAGAUAUGAGGCCUAAAGAAGCAAGAAGACAGGCUGAGAGAAAAAACAGGUUCAUUAAGGAGGUUCUAGCUGCUCUAGGAGGUACUGUUGGAGCUGCUGGUGGAGCUGUUGGUGGAGUUUUUGCUGGAAUUGCAAUUGAAAGUGCUGUUGUUGGAGCAACUGCUGGUCUUGUGGGGGGUCCGGUUGGAGCUGCAGUUGGAGCUGCAGUUGGAGCUGGUGUGGGGCUUGGACUUGCAGUGGCAGGUAUAACUGCAGUAAAGAAGAAGAAUAAAUGUGUUAUUCAGUGAUUUCAGUGGAACCUUCAGCUGUCUGCAGCUCAUUAAAACCAGUUUAACAAACAGAUUCUAUUAAAUAAUCUCAGGAACAGGCUGCAGCUUCCUGAUCUUUUCUGCUUUCUGUGCUUUCAUUAAAUGCAUCGUCUUUACUACCAGCUGCUGUUAAUGACCAAUGAAGAAACGUUCAGACUGAUUUGCUGAACGUUGAUAUCCUGAAUCAUAAAGAACAUUAAUCCAGCUUCUGUUCUUGAGCACAGAUUUUAUUUUGCUGUAGAGAAAAUGAGACGUUGGUGCUGGUUCUAGUGAGACACUUUGCUUCAUGUAUCUGCUGUUUUUAUCUCAUAAUCAAUAUAAAGAAAUGUAUUCUGUCAUCAGAGGAACUAAACCAUGCUGCAAUAAAAACAUCUCCAUGAAUAAACUGUUUCUUCUCA